AUGACAAGUGGCACAAACUCUUCAGGAUCUUGCUUGUCCUCAAAAAAAAAUUCUAAAAUAGAUAACAACUACUUGAAGGAACUGAAUGAAGAUUUAAAGUUAAGAAAGCAGGAACUUCUAGAGAUACUAAAGCCUCUAGAAGAUAAGAACACUCUCUUAUUCCAGAAGCUAAUGGCUAACUUGGAGGAAAGGCAAAGAAGUCUGCAGAUCAUGAGGCAGAUCAUGGAAGGGAGGGGAUAUGAGGAAUCUUCAGUCAUGGCGCUGAUUAAAGAAGCCGAGGAGAUGAAACGGAACCUGACAUUUGAGUCAGAAGAGCUCCAUGAUCAACAGAAAACAUUCCUGACGAAGCCCAAGGCAGACGUGAAGGAUGGAAAGGUGAGUGGACUUAGGAUAUUAGAGCUCUGGAAUUCCCCCAUAUCACUUAGGAAGGCCAGGAGUGAACCAGAAAUAUCAGAAGCAGAAAAAGUAGAGGGGAUAAGGAGGGAAAAGCAACAGAAGAAAAUAAAAUGGGUCAAAUAUGAGGAACAACCUAACAUCCUUCAGAAUGGCUCUCAUGGAAUGACUGAGCUGAGAAUUGAAGCCUUAAGGAACUAUCAGAAGGCCAAUGACUUAAAAUUAUCACUGUACCUACAGCACAAUUUUGAACCAAAGCAAAGCGCUUUGAAUCUUCCAAGGCCUCAAGGUAAAAUGGGUACAACUACAGAGAGAGCAACAGCCAACAGAAAUGAGCCCACCGUGAGAACCCCAGGAUCAAAGAACUAUACAGAACAACAAGGAGGAACUAGAGAAGGUCAGUCUGAUGAUGCAGGAGAAAGGCUCUUUUUUCUGAGGUCAGCGCCAGAUGAAGUUCUGAAGGAUUAG